UCCUCGCUUAACCCGCAGCGCUGUGUAUUUUGCGUUGUUUGUUUUGAAUUUCCGUCCUCGGGGUGGUCCGAAAUGGACCCCAAUUGCUCUUGCCCCACCGGUGGUUCCUGCACGUGCGCUGGCUCCUGCAAAUGCAAGGAGUGCAAAUGCGUUUCUUGCAAGAAGAGUUGCUCCUCCUGCUGCCCUGCGGGCUGUGCCAAGUGUGCCCAGGGCUGCAUCUGCAAGGAGGCAUCGGACAAGUGCAGCUGCUGUGCCUGAUCCCGAGCCCGUCCCAAUGUAAAUAGAACCACAUGUACAAACCUCUAGUUUUUUAUGUAUUCAUACUACCUGAUCCAGUUGCUACGUUCCCGUUUUUGUAAACUCUUUGAAUGAGAGUAAAUUCAUCUAGAUUGUUCUGA